CGUUUCCUCUGACCUCACAACCUCCACGACACAACAUGGAGGAAAGACCCGACGUCCGGCGUUUUGCCCCUUACCCAACCGGUGACAAAAUGUAGCUACCAAGGAAGAGGUACAGAGGAGUUUAAGUUAUUAGCUGAGGAAAUAGAAGACGGACAGCGUGGUGCGGUUACGCCCGGGAAGGGGGCGACAGAAUUUGACGUUAAAUCGGUGGAACGCUCAGGCGUUUGGUGAGGACACCUCGUUGGGUCCUUUCUCACUGCCGUCGGGUGCGGGACGGUGCCCCUAAUUGCUGAAGACUGAGGCUACCCGGUGAGGCUCUCCAGGUUGCUCUGUCCACCGAUUUAUGUCGUAAUGGGCGCUUAAGGGAUAAGUAAUAAAGCAGAGGACGAUAUAGUUUGAAAUAUUAGUGUGGCCAGGGAAAGUCUCACUGAAAAGACAACUUUCAAGCAAGAGCUGGCGUCAGUGAGAGAAUUAACCAUACAAGUGUCUGGGGAUUUUCUGCCGUAUCUUUAAAAAAAUGGCAACUAAUGGUGCUGUUCUGAAGAGACUGGAACAGAAGGGUGCAGAAGCAGAUCAAAUUAUUGAAUAUUUAAAGCAGCAAGUUGCUCUUCUUAAGGAGAAAGCAAUUUUGCAGGCAACUUUGAGAGAAGAGAAGAAACUUCGAGUUGAAAAUGCUAAAUUAAAGAAAGAAAUUGAAGAAUUGAAACAAGAGCUAAUUCAGGCAGAAAUUCAAAACGGAGUGAAACAAAUACCAUUCCCAUCUGGUACUCCACUGCAAGCUAAUUCCACGGUUUCCGAAAAAGUGAUACAGUCUAUACCAAUAACAACUGUAUCUUCUGGUGCCAAAGAACAGAUAACAGGAGGAAGAGCAGAAGAAAAGAUGAAAGAGAAAAUUGAAAUGAAAGAGAAAAAGGAGAAAAAACAAUCAAUAGCAGGAAGUGCUGACUCUAAGCCAAUAGAUGUUUCUCGUCUGGAUCUUCGAGUUGGUUGUAUCAUUACUGCCAGAAAACAUCCUGAUGCAGAUUCUUUAUAUGUAGAAGAAAUAGAUGUUGGAGAAACAGCCCCAAGAACAGUUGUCAGUGGCCUGGUGAAUCAUGUUCCUCUUGAACAGAUGCAAAAUCGGAUGGUGAUUUUACUUUGUAACCUGAAACCUGCAAAGAUGAGGGGAGUAAUAUCUCAGGCAAUGGUAAUGUGUGCUAGUUCACCUGAGAAGGUUGAAAUCUUGGCACCUCCUACUGGGUCUGUUCCUGGAGACAGAAUUGUUUUUGAUGCUUUUCCUGGAGAGCCUGACAAGGAGCUAAAUCCUAAGAAGAAGAUUUGGGAGCAGAUCCAGCCAGAUCUCUGCACUAAUGAUGAGUGUGUGGCUACAUACAAAGGAGUUCCCUUUGAGGUGAAAGGGAAGGGAGUGUGUAGGGCUCAAACUAUGACCAACAGUGGAAUAAAAUAAAAUAAAAUAAAAUACUCAUUUACUGAAAUACAUUGGAGAAAACUUUAAUAACAAUAAAAAGAAAUAUAUUUGUCACUUGUGCCUAAAAUAUAACUGGCUUUUUUAUGUUAUUUCUCUUCUAGACUUGACUAGUCUUUUAAUCAGGUAUAUAUUAUUUUCAGUCAGUUAAAGAAACACUACAUUUUUACUUACAAUUUUUGCUCCUGUAUAAUGUAGGAAAGAAAUCAACUAUGUUUUGUGAUUGUUUAUUUUUUAGCAGGGUUGUUGGUUAGCAGAUUAUUUUUCUUGAUACAUUUAAAUAACUUGAACUAGAUGAACAUUUAGUUUCCUGUUUGUAGGCACAUGGUACAUGAAAUUUUAAGCCUUUGGAUUUUUAGUAUAUUGUGUGUCUGUAUUAUAAAUAUCCUCUCCUCUUCAAAAGUGACAAGUUGGAAUUUUUGUCAGUCUUAUUAAUUACUCAUAUUGUAAUAAUAUUGAAAAUGGCCAACUAGAGAGCCAAACAUCAUAAAAGCUAGGAGAUGUGGUACUUCAACAUUAUUGCUGUUGCUUACCAAAGUAAUCAGACCUGUAAAGGUGACUUUUUUUAAGAGUGAAAUUUUCAGUUGUAUACUGAACUUUCUUUCCAUUUGACAAAAUAAUUAGUAAUAAAUUUCAACUAACUAUAAAGAAUAAACAUUUUGCAAAGUGUUGCCGAUACACUUUCCAAUAAAUUGAUGUAAAAGCAGCAGUCUAAAUUUUUUAGUCUAGGUGAUUGUAAAGAUUCUUUGGGUACCUAAUACAAGAUUAUUUAUAGAUUGUUACUUUUAGAAGAGUAUUUAAGAUCAAUAUAUUUUGCUUUUUCAUGUACCAUCACACUGUCAGUAUGUUAAAAGAAAUUGUUACCAAAGUUAACAUAUAUAUGUAUUAAGGUGUCAAAUGCCUAUUUUCACUCAUCUUACAGAUAUUGUAGGAACAAUGAAAAUUAACUUAGGAAUUAUGAGCUUUCAAGUUCACCAGCCUUGAGAUGAUGACUGAUGAGGGCUACCAAAAAGAAAUCCAUCUCUGGAGGUAGGAGUAUAGAUAUUGUUUGAAAAAAAAAUCAUACAUACAAUAUCUAGCUGCUUAUAGUCUCUAAUCAGAAAGAGAGGCAAAAUAAAUUUAAAACAACCCUGCAUGCCAGCUUAUGAAAGGUAUAAUUAAAUUUCAUUUAUUUAAGUCCAUGGAGUUCUGGUAGGCCAGUUUUAUCUUCUUGCUGAAAAACCAGAUAUUAACAGAGCAUCAAUAGCAACAAUUGACAAGUAAACACAAAUGAAACUCAAAAGUUAUUUUGUACUCAGGAUAAAUUAUUCUUUUGGAAAUAAGACUGUGAUAAAAUCUUUCGUGAUUCUGUAUUUUCUAAUUUUUCCCAAUUAAGUUUCUUUAAAUAUUCUAAUAUAAAUUAAAGAAUGUUUCAACUA